CUCCUAUCUCUCUCUCUCUCUCUCUCUUCGUUCUCUUUAAUUUGAAGUCUCCCACUCGGAGCGCGCACUCGUGCCUGCUCUUAUUAAUUAUUACUGUGUCCUCAUACGAAGCCCACGGGGUGUUCUACCAACUUCCCUCCUAAUCGCUUUCCUUGUCUCUCUUCUUCACCCAAUCUCCUGCGUUUCGUUUCAUAUUCUAUCAGCAAUGGCCUGUUGAUCAACUCAUCAUUUUAGGUAUUGAAGCAAACUGCUGGUUUUCCCCCCCUACAGGGCUGGUGGUUGCUUGUAUGAGCAUGGCUUCUAGUAAUCCAUUCUUUGAUGAUAUACGGAGCAAAUCUGAUGUUGAUCCUCCUUCAAAUGAAGAGCCAAUGGAUAUCAGCGAGCUAGUGAAUGAUCCUGCACCAACUGCACUAAAAUCUAAUGUAGCUGUUACAAGCAGUGUUCGUGAACUUCUAGAGUGUCCUGUGUGCUUGAAUGCAAUGUACCCUCCAAUCCACCAGUGUUCAAAUGGCCAUACUUUGUGCUCGGGUUGCAAACCCAGGGUCCACAACCGGUGUCCUACCUGUAGACAUGAGCUUGGCAAUAUUAGAUGCUUGGCAUUGGAGAAGGUGGCUGCAUCUUUGGAACUUCCUUGUAAAUACCAGCCUUUUGGGUGCAUGGGGAUAUAUCCAUACUACUGCAAGUUGAAACAUGAAUCUCAAUGCGCAUGUAGACCCUAUAACUGUCCUUAUGCUGGUUCAGAAUGCAGCGUCAUUGGUGAUAUUCCUUUUUUGGUUGCCCAUUUGAAAGAUGAUCACAAAGUGGACAUGCAUAAUGGUAGCACUUUUAAUCAUCGUUAUGUCAAAUCAAACCCACAAGAAGUUGAAAACGCCACAUGGAUGCUUACGGUCUUCAGCUGCUUUGGUCAAUAUUUUUGUCUACACUUCGAAGCUUUUCAGCUGGGAAUGGCUCCAGUCUACAUAGCCUUCUUGCGAUUCAUGGGCGAUGAUAGCGAGGCAAAGAACUAUAGCUACAGUCUUGAGGUGGGCGGAAACGGGAGGAAGAUGACUUGGCAGGGAGUGCCUAGAAGCAUCAGGGACAGCCACCGCAAGGUUCGGGACAGUUUUGACGGUCUCAUCAUUCAAAGGAACAUGGCUCUCUUCUUUUCAGGUGGUGACAGGAAGGAAUUGAAGCUAAGGGUUACAGGGAGGAUUUGGAAAGAACAGUGAUUGGAAUAUGGUCAUUCUUUACGUUGUUGCUAGCACCGGAUCAAAUUGGAUUAGUUUGUAGUGCAGCCUAUUUGUUGUAGUGGUAUGUACGAAUUUUCUGCUCAUUUGCUGUUUUUUUUGUUUUUGGGUAAGUUAGGAGGCGAGGCAAUGGCUCUUUGCUUUUCCUGUUAAAUACAUGAGAAGGAUAGUGUAUGUAAUGAGGAUCUCAUCAUGAUAUUCAUGAAUGGAGACAUAGAUCUUUAGCCUGCUUUAUGUGUUGUAUUCCGUUCUGGGAAUGUUUAUAAAGUAUAAACUACCUGUUUGGGAGA